AUGUCACGUUCUUCGAGAUCGAGAGAUCAUCGUGUUAGCUGGAACUCCAUGCCUUCUGACUGGAACUCUUCGAGAUCUUGUCACAGUAGUGAGUAUCGAGAACCGCGAGAAAUCCGCGGUCGUUAUCCUUCGCGAGAUCGACGACUCCUCCUUCGAUCCUCGUCGCGUUCAACGAUAGGCCGAGCACGCCGACAAGCGUAUGCCGCCUCUAUCGAUCGUUCGUUUGUUAAAUUAUUAAACACGUCGUUUACGAAGAAACAUAAGAGAAAAAGUCUGAUUUCGCAACAACAACAAUAACAGCAACAACAACAACAACAACAACAACAACAACAACAACAACAACAACAACAACAACAACAACAACAAUUAUAAUAGCAACAGCAACCAGGA